UGGCCUAGGGCCCAGAGGCGUCCUCAUUUCCGGAGCGCAAAUUCUGGGCCAGGCCCGCGCUGGUCGUGGAGGAGAGCCAGGUCAGAUGCGGGAGGACAACCGGACUCCGCCAAGGACACCCAAGCGCAACCGGGAGAGGAGCCCGGAGAGAGAAAGGAGACAGAGGGCUGUUGAGGAGGCUGGAAGAGUCAGAGGCCUGGUGAAGUGAGGGCUUUCAGGGAAAAGGCCUAGCUGGCUGAAAGUUAGGGCCCCCAGGCCCACCUAGAGCCUUCAUCCUUUGCAGACUAGGAGCAGGAGACCCCUCCCGACUCUACUUCCACUGCCUGAGCUGUGUCAUGCCUCACAGCCCAGUAAGGACUCUGGAAGAAUGAGGUCCUCCCUGACACCUUUGGGGCCCCCCGUGAGCCGCGACCGUGUCAUCGCCACCUUCCCUAAGUGGUACACGCCAGAAGCCUGUUUGCAGCUCAGGGAGCACUUCCACAGGCAGGUCAGCGCUGCCUGCCAACGCAGAAACACGGGGACUGUCGGGCUCAAACUCUCCAAGGUGGUGGUGGUUGGCGAUCUCUACGUGGGGAAGACCAGCCUCAUUCACAGGUUUUGCAAGAACGUUUUUGACCGAGACUACAAGGCCACCAUUGGGGUGGACUUUGAAAUUGAGCGCUUUGAGAUUGCUGGAAUUCCCUAUAGCCUCCAGAUCUGGGACACAGCCGGGCAGGAGAAGUUCAAGUGCAUCGCAUCUGCCUACUACCGGGGCGCCCAGGUGAUCAUCACGGCCUUUGACCUCACUGACGUGCAGACCCUGGAGCACACCAGGCAGUGGCUGGAAGAUGCUCUGAGGGAGAACGAGGCAGGCUCCUGCUUCAUCUUCCUCGUGGGAACCAAGAAGGACCUUCUGUCAGGAGCGGCAUGUGAGCAGGUCGAAGCAGAGGCCGUGCACCUGGCCAAGGAGAUGCAGGCCGAGUACUGGUCGGUGUCGGCCAAGACCGGCGAGAACGUGAAGGCAUUCUUCAGCCGUGUAGCCGCCCUGGCAUUCGAGCAGUCGGUGCUGCAGGACCUGGAGAGGCGGAGCAGUGCCCGGCUCCAGGAAUGGAAGGGAGUCCACCUGAGACCCAGGAAAGCAAGAGGCCCUCCAGCCUGGGCUGCUGCUAGCUGGGGCCUGCGUGGAAGGCCUCUGCUCCCUGCACGCACACGGACGGGAACUUCCGUGACUGGAGCGGAGACUGGAGCCCGAGCUCUGCAGUGGGUCUGCCCUCAAGCUGUAGUUCCAGUCCCUCCACCCAUCCACUGCACUCAGCCCCAGGGCACAGUCACUUCUCUGUUGCAGGUUGGGCGCUAGAAAAGGCCCCCGCUGGCUGCCUGGGAGCCCCACACCACCAGGCCAGUGCAGGCACUGUGGUGGUCCCCUGAAAGGCCAGUCCAUUGGCAGGGUCAUCAGUCACCUUUGGCCUCAAGAGGCCUCAGAGCUGCAAACUCCUGCACUGGUCUAUAUCCCUCGGCCAUGGCCCACACCAGCAGUCAAUCCUGCACUCUUUCCCAGUGAUCUUGGAUGUGUCCCCAGGAUCCAUCACAGUGUUCCAGGCAACGUGGACUUGUCAAAGUCAGCACCUGAGGGAGAGGCCACCUGCCAUUCCCCCUGGGAGUUUUCUCUUGUCAGCAGGACUUACAGUUCUGGGUGUCAGAGCUUCAGGCCUCACUGUCCUUCUGCCCCGGAUGCUCAAGGUUCCUGGGAAGACCAGCACCUCUGGAGGACAAUGGACAAAGUCUCUUAGACCUUUUCUGGCUGAAGGGUUGUCUCUGGCACCUCUGAGAUCCCUAGGUCCUGCCCUCCUGGUCAGUGGGCCAGGAUGUGCAGAACAACCACUCAGGCCUUUCUGGCCCACCUGGACAGUGCAUUUACGUGUGUGCUGCGGGAGGAAGGCUGCACAGCUGCCCUAGGGUAACUCACUCUGCAGCCCUUGAACGUGGCACUGCCCACCUCUAGCACUCAAACUGGGCCUAUGCCCACUGCUGCCUCUCCAUCCCUCUCUCAUUGGCCUGCACAUCUCUUAGGACCUUUGUAAUGGUGUCCAUGCAUCUUUGGAGGACUUCAGAGGCCCUGCCGAGUCCAGCAUGUUCCCGUCUCCGACACGGCCUCCCCCUGCACACGCAGAGCAGGCGGAAAUACUCAACACCUUGCCCAGCGUCUCUGCCCAGUAUGCUUGUCCACGGAAUCUUCUCACAGCUAUGAACCAGCCCCACCGCCCCAUGCUCCUGUUGCCUGGCUAUGCCCACUCAUCCCACCCACCCCGUGCUGUUGCUUCCCGUAGAUGGUGAGCACCUUGCGGGCAGGCUUCUGAUCAGUGCCAUUCUCCUAGGGCCUGGCACACUGCAGCUGCCCUGUAAAUGUUCAGCUCAGCAAUUGCCAAAUACCAGUUAGGGAAGAACACUGGCAUCUUUUUCUGUUCAUUCUCCCUUGGACAUAUUUUUUGCACAUUUUUAUAUAAAUGACUUUUUUUUUUUUUUUGAGAUGGAGUUUUGCCCUUGUUGCCCAGGCUGGAGUGCAAUGGUGCAAUCUUGGCUCAUUGCAACCUCUGCCUCCUGGGUUCAAGUGAUUCUCCUGCCUUAGCCUCCCAUGUAGCUGGGAUGACAGGCAUGUGCCACCACGCCCGGCUAAUUUUGUAUUUUUAGUAGAGAUGGAGUUUCACUAUGUUGGUCAGGCUGCUCUCAAACUCCUGACCUCAGGUGAUCCGCCCGCCUCAGCUUCCCAAAGUGGUGGGAUUACAGGUGUGAGCCACCAUGCCUGGCCAUAAAUAACUUUUAUUUAUUUAUUUUUAUUUUAUUUGCUUUUCUUGAGACAGAGUCUCGCUCUGUCGCCCAGGCUGGAGUGCAGUGGCGCCAUCUCAGCUCACUGCAAGCUCCGCCUCCCGGGUUCACGCCAUUCUCCUGCCUCAGCAUCCUGAGUAGCUGGGACUACAGGUGCCGGCCACCACGCCUGGCUAAUUUUUUAUAUUUUUAGUAGAGACGGGGUUUCACUGUGUUAUCCAGGAUGGUCUCGAUCUCUUGACCUCGUGAUCCACCCACCUCGGCCUCCCAAAGUGCUGGGAUUACAGGCGUGAGCCACCUUGCCCAGCCUCCAUAAAUGACUUUUAAAGGGGUUGUAUGUUUAGUGUGAACAAAGACAGUACAAAGCAUAUAAAAUACAAAGUGGAAGCCCCCCACCAUGUUGGCUGCACCCCUGAAGUAAGCUCUGCUAACAGUCGGGACAAUUGCUUCUGAACUCUGCGCCUUUGCCUGCACAGCCAGUGUUGAUGGCUUGUUUGUUGUUUUUACCAGAGUGACCUCCUUCUGGACAUACUCACUGGCAGCCUGCCUUCCUAGGGAGCUGGCGCUGAGCCCUCUCCCUGUUGGCACACGAAGAGCCUCCUUCCUGUAGCAGCGCCCAGUUUUCCUUCAUGUGGGCGGAUCGCAGUUCAUUUGACCCUUCCCAUUCGCAGGCCAUCCGGCUUGUGUCCAGCUUUUAGCUCUUACCGAUGGUGCUGCAAUGGCCAUUCUUGUAGUUACAGCUUCGCAUACUCAGGAAGGCCUCUGGACUGUGGCCCCCAGCCUCGUCCACUAAGUGCAGCCUGUGGUCGGGCAGACAGCACUGGGGUCCAUUGGGAAGACCAGGUUCACUGGGCAUAAGCUUCACAGGACAGGAGAACCUGGCCAUGGUGGACUGUCGUUCUCCACAGCUCCCUUCCCUUGCCCCUCAGGCCUCCAGGAUGUGUUUACGGGGGGCACAGGGGGUGGUGUCCAGCUGUUGCCAGCUUCUGAGCUAGGGCUGCACUGUCUCACAUACAUUAUGUAAAUGGUCCUUGAUUAAAUCCUCCUAUUACCUCCGGCAA